AUGGAGGGCCCCGCCGCCGCGGCGCCCCCGCCCGCCGUGCCCGCCGCGCCCGUCCCGCCCGCCCCCGCCGCCGCCCACCCGACCGUGGCCGACGUGGUGGCGGCGACCCACGUCGGGGCCAAGCGGCGGCGGGCGGGCCUCGCACCUCCUCCUGCCGCCUCCCCGGCUCCCGCCCCGGCCACCGUCACCGCCUCGGCGCCCGCCCUCGUUGCCUCCCCGACGCCCGCCCCGGCCACCAAGAAGAGCCGGCCGAAGGCGGCCUCUCAUGGGCCGCGAGGGGCGGCCUCCAAGGUCGCCGGAUCGUCCCCGGCCGUGACCAAGCCGCGGAAGAAGCUCGCGCAGCGGAACAAGCCCGCGGCCCCGCCCGCCGCCGUCGCCGAACCUCCUCCCGCCGCGCACGAGGUGUUCGAGGAAAUGGCAACCCCAUCCUCGUUCAUGGACCUCCUCCAAAACGCGGAGGUGGACCUCGGAGCUCCGCCCCUAGACCCCUUUAGGGUUGGUGACGACUUGGAGGAAAAGGAGGAAGAUGAGGAGGAUGAAGGGGAUGACGAGGAGGAGGUGGCCGAGAUAGGGGAGGAGGCAUUCACCGCCGCUUCCCGCCCACACGCGCGGUCGACAAACUACACCGAGCCGGAAGAUGUCCUCUUGGUUCGUGCUUGGGCGGCUGUGGGAAUGGAUGCAACCACCGGCACCGAUCAAACCGGUAAACGGUAUUGGCAAAGGAUCGAGGACGUCUAUUGUAGGAUCAAGCCGAAGAAUAGUGGGUUCAUCCAUCGCACUUUCCGGUCGCUUCAAGGCCGGUGGGAGUUGAUCAAGCCCGCUUGUGCUCGUUGGAGUGCGGCCAUGGACCAAGUGAGGGAUGCACCACCUAGUGGAACCGUGGAGAGCGACUAUGAGACAAUUGCCGGCAUGAGGUACAAGGAGAUGGCCGCUUCCAAGGGCAAGCCAUUCCCACCACCUAGUGGAACCGUGGAGAGCGACUAUGAGACAAUUGCCGGCAUGAGGUACAAGGAGAUGGCCGCUUCCAAGGGCAAGCCAUUCCCAUUUAAGCAUGUUUGGUCAAUUCUUCAAACCUUUGACAAGUGGAAGUUGAGGGAUCAAGAGACCGCACCCAAGGAGUCGGCAAUGCUAAGGAUGGAUGAUAGUGAAGAUGAGGAGGAGAGGAACUUGGGCAAGCCCGAGGGAACCAAGAAGGGCAAGCUAAGGGUGAAGAUGGAAGAAGAGGCGUCAAGCCUAAGGGAGAAGAUGGACCACAUGAUGAAGGCAAGAGAGGAAUUGACAACGAAGACAUUGGAGACGAAACUUCUUAUCACCGAGAAGAAGAAAGAGGUCAAGCUUGCACAAGUUGAAGCAAAGCGUGAAGAAGCAAAGCGCACGGCCGAGUUGGAGGAGAGGAUGAUCAAGCUCAAAGAGGCAAAGGUAUGGAAAGAACUCAUGGUGGAAGAGAAAGAGCACAUUAUGAUGUCCAAGAAGGACAUGGAUCAAGACCAAUUGCAAUGGUGGAAGGACACCAAGGAGGACAUCGCAGAGAGGAAGAGGAUGUUCCGUGUUGCGUCCUCUACUUUUUGA